AUGGAACCAGUCACUUCAUUGGAUGGUAAUAAUAAUAAUAGUAAUAAUAAUAUGUCAGUAGUUACAAAAGAUAGCAAAGAAGUCUUGGACCUUAUCGGGGGCAUGUUCCCAGGGUAUCCCGCCGGUCACAAUAUCGAAGAUAUCAUGAAUCAGCUUGAAAAUGGUACCUUGCCAACAGUUCCAGAUACGAGCGUCACUCCUCCCGUCAAGCCACCAACCACGACUACUCCUCCCGUCAAGCCACCAACUACCACUACCCCUCCAGUCACCCUUCCUCUCAGAGACAGCCGAUUCUUUGUUGGUUACACCAAAAAAUCUAACGAAGUCUUCAAUGAUGAGUUGCUUCCAGUCCCACCAUUACCUACCCCUGCAGGUGGAAAAGCAGCUGCGAUUACCGUCAAAACAGUCGUCAAGAGAGAGGCCGUACCAGACUUGUUACCAGCUUGGAACCCCGAUUUUGUGGUGCCUCCUUUUGAUGUCAAUCGUAAAGAUCCAACGAUAACAGAUGAUGAAGGAUUAAAGAUAAUCAACAGCUUCUCUGUUUUUGAAGGUUCAAAGAAUGUUGUAGCAGAGAAUGCUAAUAAUUAUUUCUUGGAGAACAUGUUACUCUACUCUGAUCCAAAUAAUGAAUUGUUGCAAUUGUUUGGUCUCUCGAAACCAAAGCUGAGUCAGAACCGUUUGGAUAUUUGUGAUGAGCCAAAGGUUACUCUCUGGUACUCCUACUAUUCCUUCUAUUAUCUACCAUUGAUCGUUGCCAAUGGAAACUAUUCAGUCUCUAAAAAGAUUAAUGCCAAGUUUUGCAAGGACAAGCUUCACUACCUUGAAACUGAUGUAUCUUUUGAUAAUACAUAUGCCCAUCAAAGAAUGUUAUUGUUCAAGUACGCAUUCUGUGAAAAGAAUCAAUGGAUGCAGAAAUUCCAAAAGAGCGCAGGCCGUUGGUUACCGUUCAAGGUUUCAAAGUUGCAGGGAAGAUCGGCCGAACAAUUCCAAGCUUUCAUUGUCAAUGUCAAGGCCACCCUAGAUAUCCUCGAUCCAACCGGCGAGACAUCCAAACAUACAAUCAACAGCAUUAUCGGCGCCUCCAUCUUUGCCAAUUUGGACCAAAAGAAUUCUAUCAAGGAUACCCCGGUCAAUCGUGAAAUUAUCAAGGAUACUAUCCAACGUCUCAUCGAUCGAGUUAACGACGGCAAAGUUGAAGAGGGUGAAGACCUAGAUUCAAUCACAAUUGGCAAGGACCUCAUUGCUACAUUGGGAGGAAGUGUAGGAGGCGUCCGUGAGCUUCAGAAAGCGAUCCUCGCCACACAAUUUGAGUCUAUUGGUGGUCCCGACAUAUCAAAUGGAUACGAUGUCUACUUGAAAGCUGUUGGUGCACGUGUUAUGAACAAGAUGCAGAUACAGGCCUCCAAUGUCAACAAGUUUGCAAAAUUCCUUGGUCAUAUGUUCAAGGUUUGUCAAGUAUCGGUUAUUAUCUAUUCAAUCACCAAUUGGGACAAGCUAGAUGCAUACAACAAAACCUUCUUCUCUCUCGAUAUUCUCAAUAUCGCAUUGGAUUUGGCAUCAAGUUCAACCGAGGUUGUUCCAAAUGCAUUCAGAAAGAUUGGUGCUGUCAUUGGUGUCCAACUCAACAAGCUGCCUGCCGCCGACAAGGUACUCACCAUUAUGGAGAAUGUCUUCACCACUGAUUUAGCCACUUUUGUAACAACUCGCUUUAGUCCUGCUCUUAUGGCUAUCAGUGCCAUCAAAAGUGUCUAUGACUGUGUACAAGAUGCAAAGGCUGGUAACAUUGGUGCACUCGUAAUGGAUGGUGUAUCGGCAGGUAUUGGGCUUGGUGUAGCCUUGGCAAUCUUUGGAGGAUGUGCUUGUGCAGGACCUUUGGCACUACUUGCAGGUGGUGUUUUAUUGGCGUUGGCUGAAGAAGAAGACUUUGCUUUUAUAAAAGAUUAUUCAACCUACAAUAAUCUUAGAAUAGGAAAAUAA